AUGGUAAGAAGUAUAGAGGAUUUGCCCCUAGAAUUGGUGUCAAACAUCCUCUCAAGGUUGCCAGCGAAAGACUUGAUGAAAUGCAAGUUAGUUUGCAAGCCCUGGUUCGAUCUCAUAACUGAUCCUCAUUUUAUUACCAAUUACUAUGUUUUCUACAACAAUCUCAUGCACUCUCAAAGCCAAGAGGAGCGUCUCUUGGUCAUUCGCAGACCCUUUCUCUCUGGCCUUAAAACUUACAUUUCUCUGCUCUCUUCUAAUGUCAACGAGCCCAAAGGGCUUGUUUUAAACCCUCCAUGUGAGUUCAAUUCUGACCACAAAUACUGGACUGAAAUAAUGGGUCCUUGCAAUGGCAUAUAUUUCCUUGAAGGUAAUCCAAAUGUCAUUAUGAACCCUUCUUUGACACAGUUGAAGGCUUUGCCUCAAUCCCAUUUUAUUUGUCCCAUUGGGACUUACUCUUUCACUGAUUAUGCUGGUUUUGGCUUUGACUCCAAUACUAAUGACUAUAAAGUUGUUGUCAUUAAGGAUCUUUGGUUAAAGGAAACUGAUGAACGACAACAUGGUUAUUGGACUGCUGAGUUAUAUAGCCUUAGUUCCAAUUCUUGGAGAAAACUUGAUGCUUCUGAUCUCCCACUUCCCUUUGAAAUUUGGGGUUCUUCUCGUGUUUAUACUUAUGUGAACAAUUGUUGCCACUGGUGGGGCUUUGUUGAUGACUCUGGUAGAAAAGAAGAUGUUGUUGUAGUGUUUGAUAUGGUUCAUGAAGUCUUCAGAAAGAUCAAAGUACCAAGAAUACGUGAGUCUUCAGAAGCAUCAUUAGCAACGCUUGCACCCUUUGACGAAUCUGCUACCAUUGGUGUCAUAGUGUCCCCUGUUAGUGGAAAAGAGAAACGCUAUGAUGUGUGGGUGAUGAAAGAUUAUUGGGACGAAGGGUCUUGGAUUAAGCAAUACACAGUUGGACCCACAGAAGUAAUUUACAAGCUUGUGGGGUUUUAUGGAAGGAAUCAAUUUCUUUGGAACGACGGAAAUGAAGGAUUAGUGUUAUAUGACAGUGACUCGCAACAAAGAAAGGAUCUUGGGGUUUAUGGAAAGCAUGAUUCAUUAAGAGCUGCAAGAUACAUGGAAAGCCUUGUUUCGCUUCAAAGGGGAAAUGAGUUCUGUCGCCAAUUUGUUUCAUGUAGUUUGGUUCCAGACCCUCUACUAAAUCAAAGGGAAUUAAUGACAUGA